AUGUCGCGAUCUCGAGCUCCCCUCGUCCUCGGCCUGACCGCCGUUGGUGGUGUUGGAUACUACCUCUACAACUCGGGCGGUAACGCCAAGGCAGCGGAGAAGCAAUUCGAGGCCGACGUCCACAAGGUCUCUGCCAAGGUCAAGGGCGAGGCGCCUCGCUUCGAGAAGGAUGCCGAGAAGUUUGGAGCCAACGCCGGAGCCAAAGUCGACUCUGCCGUUGCCAAGACGAACGCUGAAUUCUCAAAGGCGAAGAGCGAGGCCGAGGCCUAUGCGAAGGAGGCUAAGGCCAACGCCCUGAAAAAGGUGGAUGACUUCGACCGCACCGUCGAGAAGGACGUUUCCAAGGCGAAGAGCGGUAUCUCGAGCUGGUUCGGCGGAAAAUAA